AUGACUUCUAUUCCAAUUCCAACUCCAGCCGCCUCCAACGCCGCCGGAGAGCCACCGCAAGAAGCGGCUAACGACACGAAGUGGUCUACGUUGCCGAAAGACAUAGUUUUGGGAUGUUUAAACCACAUACCGAGAAACGAUCUCUUGAACGUCUCUUGCGUCUCCAAAACCCUAAGGUUGCUUGUGACCUCCCCUGAGCUCCAACGCAUGAGGUCGUUCCUCCCCAAGGACACCGUUUACUUCUCCUGCCACUACCAAGAGAGCUCUCACUGGUUCACUCUACGUCGGAGUAAGAAGAAGAAUAAGAAGAGGAAGAAGACGACCGUUAUGUACCAAUUGCUCCCAACUCAGUUCCCUUGUCAUGAUGAGAUGCGUUCUUCUUCCAACGUCGCUGUGGGAUCAAAGAUCUACUUCAUAGGAAGAUCUUUCGUGUACACCACGGAAGUAUGGAUCCUCGACACUCGCUCUGGCGAGUUAACACAAGGACCAAGCAUGAAGAUCGCGAGAACUCGUCCUGUAGUUGGUGUGAUCGACGGCAAGAUAUACGUUUUGGGAGGGCGUCAAGAAGAGAGUAAAGUGGAAGUGUUCAACCCGAAAACGGAAAAGUGGGGAUUCGUAGGGGAGGAGAAAGUGAGAUGCAAAACAACUUCGUUUAGUGUGACAUUGGAGAAAAAGAUUUACAUGGUGGAGGAGAGGAUGUUCUUUGUGUACGAUCCAAGAACAGGUCGGAAAGAAGUGUUGAUGAAGGUUCAAGACGACGAUGGGAUUGGUUGUAUGUGUGUGGUGGAGGAUGUGCUCUAUGUUUACUUUGUGCAGCGUGGGAUCAUGUGGCUUGACACCAAGGUUAACAUAUGGAGAAGAGUGUUGAGCCGUGACGUGGGGAAGACGCUUGACAUCAAGUAUCCUGCUGGCACUGCGAUGACCGGGUACGAUGGGAAGCUUGCGGUGUUCUUGCGUGGCGGCAAGGCUGAUACUGAGGUGAAGUGUGUUUUGUUUGACUUGGUUAGAGUUGGAGAAAAGAUUUAUGGGAGUCUUGAGUGGUUUGGUGUUGUGGCAACAAUCUCAAAUCGGUUUUAUUUUGCUGAUUGUUUAACUGUUUCUCAGUGA